AUGGCGUACGAAACACAAUCCAAGGCGUUUGUCGACAAGGACAAGCCCCGUGAGGUGCGGGAGACCAAUAUAACAGCUGGCAAAGCAGUAGCAGAUGCUGUACGCACUUCACUUGGGCCCAGGGGUAUGGACAAGAUGAUCACGGAUGCCGCUGGCGAAGUGACCAUUACUAAUGAUGGAGCCACCAUUCUAAACCAGAUGCAAGUGUUGCAUCCAGCAGCUAAGAUGUUAGUAGAGGUUUCCAAAGCACAGGAUAUUGAAGCUGGUGAUGGAACUACUAGUGUAGUUGUGCUGAGUGGCGCUCUAUUGACGGCAGCCCAGAGAUUACUGGCAAAAGGAAUCCAUCCCACUGUGAUUUCGACCUCUUUCCAGAUGGCUUUGGCGAAGUCCAAGGAGAUACUUAAAAACAUGUCUACUCCUGUAUCUCUUGAUGAUCGUGAAGCAUUGUUACAGAGUGCCAACACCUCUCUGAACUCAAAGGUGGUAGCGCAGUAUAGCGAUCUUCUAGGUCCAAUCGCCGUUGAUGCCGUACUCAAGUGUCGUCGCGGAAAUAAUGUCGAUCUCAACGAUGUUCGCAUUAUUAAAAAGAUCGGCGGUACCGUGGAGGACACUGAAAUCAUCACUGACGGCCUCCUCAUCCAGCAAUCAGCCUCACAUAAGGGCCCGACUGUAAUGAAGAACGCAAAGGUGGCGCUCAUUCAGUUCUGUCUGUCAGCACCCAAGACGGAUAUUGACAAUCAGAUUCUUGUGAGUGAUUACACAGCCAUGGACAGAGUAUUUAGGGAAGAGAGGCAAUAUAUUCUAAAUCUAUGUAAGGCGGUCAAAAAGAGCGGAGCGAAUGUAGUAUUGGUACAGAAGAGUAUUCUCAGAGAUAAUGUGAACGAUAUUUCGCUCCACUUCUUAGCCAAAUUGGGUAUUAUGUGCAUCCCACACGUAGAGAGAGAUGAGGUCGAGUUCGUAUCAAAGACGCUUGGCUGCCGUCCAGUAGCCAACCCUGAAGACUUCACAGAAGACAAACUAGGUGCGGCUGAUCUCAUUGAGGAGGUGAAGGUCGGUUCAUCUCACAUCGUGCGAGCGACAGGUGUUAAGAACCCAGGAGCAACUGUGUCCAUCUUAUGCCGAGGAUCAAAUAAAUUGGUCAUGGAGGAGUGUGAGCGAUCCAUUCACGAUGCCCUGUGCGUCAUUCGAUGCUUGGUCAAAGUCCCGUUCCUUAUAUCCGGAGGCGGUGCUCCUGAGACGCAGCUAUCCGUAGAAUUAGCUAAGUACUCCCACAGCCUGUCUGGUAUAGAAUCAUAUUGCGUUCGCUUGUAUGCUGAAGCUCUGGAAGUCAUCCCUCUCACACUCGCUGAAAAUGCUGGAUUAAAUCCUAUUUCGGUUGUGACUGAGCUCAGAACGAAGCACGCAGCCGGUGAAAAGGAUGCGGGUAUCAAUGUGAAGAAAGGAACGAUAUGUAAUAUUAGAGACGAGAACGUUGUGCAGCCACUUUUAGUUACACAAAGUGCCUUAUCCUUAGCCACGGAAACCGUCAGCAGUAUUUUGAAGAUCGAUGAUGUGGUAAGUGUGUGUAGUGGUAUCACGAACAUGGUUUCACAAUGCUUCUAA